UCUCUGUCUCAUCUGUCUGUGUGAGAGUGAACAACCAUCCAAAUGGCUCAACAAGGAGUUCUGCUGGACCAGGACCAGUUCUGUUGUUCUGUCUGUCUGGAGCUACUGAAGGAGCCGGUCACUACUGCCUGUGGACACAGUUACUGUAGAAUCUGUAUUGAGGACUGCUGGGAUAACAAUGUUCUGAGAGGGGUCUAUAGCUGUCCUCAGUGCAGAGAGACCUUUACUCCAAGGCCUAAUCUAAGGAAAAAUAACAUGUUGGCUGAGGUGGUGGAGGAACUGAAGAAGACAGGACUCCAGGCUGCUCCCUCUCCUUCUCUGUGCUAUGCUGAACCUGGAGAUGUGGCGUGUGAUUUCUGCACUGGGACCAGAAAACAGAAAGCCCUCAUGUCCUGUCUGGCAUGUCUGGCCUCUUACUGUGAGACUCACCUCCAACCUCACUAUGAAUCUCCUACUUUCAUGAAGCACAAGCUGGUCAAAGCCACCGCACAACUACAGGAGAAGAUCUGCUCUCAUCAUGACAAACUGCUGGAGGUUUUCUGUCGUACCGAUCAGCAGUGUAUCUGUUAUCAGUGUGUGAUGGAUGAACAUAAAGGCCAUGAUACAGUAUCAGCUGCAGCAGAGAGGACUGAGAAACAGAGGCAGCUGGGGAGGAGUCAGCAGAAGGUCCAGCAGAGAUUCAAGGAGAGAGAGAAGGAGCUGAAGGAGCUCCAACAGGCUGUGGAGUCUCUCAAGCGCUCUGCAGUGAAGGGCAGUGAUAAGAUAUUUGCUGAGCUGAGGAGCUCUGAGGUGAAGGAGCUGAUCAGAGCCCAAGUGAAGUCUCAAGUGAGUCAAGCUGAAGGACUCCUGGAGCAACUGAAAAAGGAGAUAGCUGAGCUGAGGAAGAGAAGCACUGAGCUGGAGCAGCUCUCACACACAGAGGAUCACAUCACUUUCCUCCAGAGUUUUCAGUCUCUCUCCAGUAUCAGUGUAUCUUCAGACUUACCCAGCAUCGUUGUCGGUCCUCUUCAGUACUUUGGAGAUGUGAGUCAGACUGUGUCUGAACUGAGAGAGAAACUAGAAGACUUCCUCAAAGGAGAAUGGACCAAGAUCUCCAAAACAGUGAAUAUAGUUGAUGUUGUACUGCCUCCAGAGCCCAAGACCGGAGAACAGUUGUUACAAUAUUCCUGUCAGCUCACACUGGACCCAAACACAGCAGGCACACGUCUCUCUCUGUCUGAAGGGAACAGAAAGGUGUCCCAAACACGCCAAGACCAACCAUAUCCUGGUCAUCCAGACAGAUUCACAAACAACUACCAGGUUCUGUGUAGAGAGGGUCUGUCUGGACGCUGUUACUGGGAGGUGGAGUGGAGUGGGGUGUAUGUUAUUACAACAGUCUCAUAUAAAGACAUCAGCAGAACAGAGAGAGGUAAUGCAUUUGGAUACAAUGACAAGUCCUGGAGUUUACAGUGCUCUAGUGAUGGUUAUUAUUUCAGACACAAUAAUGUUGAGACUAAAGCAUCAGGCCCUCUGUCCUCCAGAGUAGGAGUUUACCUGGAUCACAAGGCAGGUACUCUGUCCUUCUACAGUGUCUCUGACACAAUGACCCUCCUCCACAGAGUCCAGACCACAUUCACUCAGCCCCUCUAUCCUGGGUUUUGGCUCUCUGGUACUGCUGAGCUGGUUAAACUGUAGUAGGGUCCACAUAGAUACUAGUCAUGCUGGUGUAGUCUAUAGCUGAGCUGGUUAAACUGUAGUAGGGUCCACAUAGAUACUAGUCAUGCUGGUGUAGUCUAUAGCUGAGCUGGUUAAACUGUAGUAGGGUCCACAUAGAUACUAGUCAUGCUGGUGUAGUCUAUAGCUGAGCUGGUUAAACUGUAGUAGGGUCCACAUAGAUACUAGUCAUGCUGGUGUAGUCUAUAGCUGAGCUGGUUGAACUGUAGUAGGGUCCACAUAGAUACUAGUCAUGCUGGUGUAGUCUAUAGCUGAGCUGGUUAAACUGUAGUAGGGUCCACAUAGAUACUAGUCAUGCUGGUGUAGUCUAUAGCUGAGCUGGUUGAACUGUAGUAGGGUCCACAUAGAUACUAGUCAUGCUGGUGUAGUCUAUAGCUGAGCUGGUUGAACUGUAGUAGGGUCCACAUAGAUACUAGUCAUGCUGGUGUAGUCUAUAGCUGAGCUGGUUAAACUGUAGUAGGGUCUACAUAUAUACUAGUCAUGCUGGUGUAGUCUAUAGCUGAGCUGGUUGAACUGUAGUAGGGUCGACAUAGAUACUAGUCAUGCUGGUGUAGUCUAUAGCUGAGCUGGUUGAACUGUAGUAGGGUCCACAUAGAUACUAGUCAUGCUGGUGUAGUCUAUAGCUGAGCUGGUUAAACUGUAGUAGGGUCCACAUAGAGACUAGUCAUGCUGGUGUAGUCUAUAGCUGAGCUGGUUGAACUGUAGUAGGGUCGACAUAGAUACUAGUCAUGCUGGUGUAGUAUAUAGCUGAGCUGGUUGAACUGUAGUAGGGUCCAUAUAGAUACCAGUCAUGCUGGUGUAGUCUAUAGAUGAGCUGGUUGAACUGUAGUAGGGUCGACAUAGAGACUAGUCAUGCUGGUGUAGUCUAUAGAUGAGCUGGUUAAACUGUAGUAGGGUCCACAUAGAGACUAGUCAUGCUGGUGUAGUCUAUAGCUGAGCUGGUUAAACUGUAGUAGGGUCCACAUAGAGACUAGUCAUGCUGGUGUAGUCUAUAGCUGAGCUGGUUAAACUGUAGUAGGGUCCACAUAGAGACUAGUCAUGCUGGUGUAGUCUAAAGCUGAGCUGGUUGAACUGUAGUAGGGUCCAUAUAGAUACCAGUCAUGCUGGUGGGGAUGGUCCCCAGCUGUGAUAAUUCAUUCUGCUCUGUUUUAUGUACAAUGAUUUAACUGAUUUGAUGUUCAGAUGUUCUGAAUUAAAAUUCAAUACGUUCAUUUUGAUUUGUACAUUUGAUUUUUUCUGACUGAUUUGAAUUUUAAGAGAUUUAAUUAAGGUGCUCAUAUGUAAUAAUAAAAAAAGUAAUCUUGUGCAUUUCCAUGAAUCAUGAUGUGUGGUGUUGAUGUAUAUUGGUUGUCAUUCAGAACCAUUGAUAUGUUUUCUCAAUUAGUUCUCUGUCUCUAUGUAAUUCUCCUCAGUAUCAUUGAACAGCUUGUAAGGCUUGUCCUAAUUGAUGUGUUUUCUGUCACCUGGAGCUGCAUGAAAAAUGGUCCAGGAACAAAAGGACAAUUCAGGACUAGUCAGCCCACUACAAGCUGGUAUCAUUUACUUUCUACUACACUAUAUGGUCUGGUUUCCCAGACACAGAUUAAUCCUAGUCCUGGACUAAAAAGCAUGUUCAAUGUAGAUGUUCGGGAAACUGGCCCGAAAUGAGGCAACUUGCAUCCUCCCAUACUGCUCAGUCAAGCAACAUUAAACCUGUCCAGCAGGUGGUGGUAUUGACCAAACAAUAAAACCAGCACAUAGCUUGAUUUGCCACUCACUAUAUCAGUAAUGUUCAGAAUAGUACUUUAAUAUCAUUGGAGAUUGAUGAUAUUUUUAAUCCACUAUCCAGAGUCAGGAACAGAUGAAGUUAGGUCUGCUACUGUUCAGUGAUUAAAUAUGACUUAUGGUGAUGGGAAAUAAAAAAUACAACACUAAA